AUGUUGGCCUCACGUUUCGUCUGUCGCUUGCGAUCCUCAGCAAAUCUCGGGUUCAGACUUCCACAUCUCCAGCAACAAGCUCGAGCAUUUGGCGUAUCUACCCUUCGUGCAGAUGACCGCGCUCCCAGUACCGCAAAGGAACACCGAGAAAUUCAGAAGAAAAGGCCACUGAAUCCACAUAUCCCAAAUACCACGUCAACACAGACCAAUGAUUUUCCUAAAGUUGGUGCGACUUCUUCGCCUCCGGAGUUCCUGAGCUCCGUCGAUCCUAAUUACAAGCCGGCCGACCCUUACCCUGGACGAAUUGAGCAUCUGACUGGUGGCAGACAGGCACCGGGCCCUCAGAAACCAGAGUUGGGUGUUGGCGAAAUGGAGGGUAUUACUUUCAAGGUCGAACCGUUGAGACGCGAGGGAGAGGAUGUCAGUACUAUGCGGGCUCGGCUACUCUACCAAAGUAGAAAGAGAGGCAUUCUCGAGUCCGAUCUUCUCCUUUCCACUUUCGCAGAUGUUUACCUCGGCACAAUGACGGCGCAACAGCUGCAACAAUACGACCGCUUUCUUGACGAGAACGACUGGGAUAUCUACUACUGGGCUACACAGGAACCUAAGGAGGCUGAUAAGAAUGCAUCUUCCUCGGUUGCAGAUGCAGAUUCAGCUGUAGAAGUCGAUACGGUGACGGAGACGUGGAAGCAAGGAGCUUCGAAGUCGGGCGAAUGGGCGCAGACUAUAGGCGCAUUCAAGCCUGCGUAUCGCCCUGUGCCCUCGCGAUGGGCUGAGUCGGAGGUUUUGGCUCUACUUCGACAGCACGUCCAGGACAAGAGCGCAACGGGGUUUCAUGCCGCAAAGCAAAGAAAACGAGGAAGCGGGCUCGGCCGGAUGCCUGAAAUCAAGGUAUUCGACUCGUGA